UGCAGCUGGAGGCAGCGCUGAGCCGGAGGGGGCAGCCCCUUCUGGGCUUGGGGCGUCUGUUCUGCGGGGCGGGGGGGACCUGGAGGUGCUGCGGGAGCCCUACCGCCAGGAGGGACGGGCAGCAGAGCUGCCGAACGUCGCGGGAAAAAAUAAUAACACGAGUAGCGUUUGUACCCUGCUCUUCACGGAGAAGCCCUUACGGAGAAUCACAGCAGCAUGCUCCCUGAGUGGCCCGCCCGUGUUGCCUUAAUUUCUUCCCAGAUAAAGCGCUCGCAAGUGACGCCGAUGAGUCUCUUCCAGUUUGCCAGCAGAAGGUUGGUCUCCCAAGUGUCCUGUGGUCUUCUUGCAAAGAAACAGCAGCUUUGCUUGGAAAUGGCUCGGCCUAGUUCAAAUAUGGCUGACUUUCGAGAAGUCUUUGCCAAAGCAAAGCAUAUAGCCAUAAUUACAGGAGCUGGCGUUAGUGCUGAGAGUGGAGUUCCUACCUUCAGAGGAGCUGGAGGUUUCUGGAGAAAGUGGCAAGCACAGGAAUUGGCCACUCCGGGCGCUUUUGCACGCAACCCUUCCCGUGUGUGGGAGUUUUACCAUUACCGCCGGGAAGUGAUGCUGAGUAAGCACCCAAACCCCGCGCAUAUUGCCAUUGCCGAGUGUGAAAAGCGGCUGAGCAAACAAGGAAGGAGCGUCGUGGUCAUUACUCAGAACAUCGACGAGCUACACAGGAAGGCAGGCUCCAAGCACCUCCUUGAAAUUCAUGGAAGCUUAUUUAAAACUCGCUGCACCAACUGUGGAAACGUGACUGCAAAUUACAAGAGCCCGAUAUGCCCAGCACUGGCUGGGAAAGGGGCUCCAGAUCCAGAAGUAGAAGAUGCUACAAUUCCAGUUGAACAGCUUCCUCAGUGUGAGGAAGACGGCUGCAACGGCCUCCUUCGUCCCCACGUUGUGUGGUUUGGUGAAACGCUGGAUCCUGACGUCCUCACGGAGGUUGAGAAGGAACUGGACAUGUGCGACCUCUGCUUGGUGGUGGGAACCUCCUCCGUGGUGUACCCCGCUGCCAUGUUCGCCCCUCAGGUGUCCGCCCGAGGAGUGCCAGUUGCAGAGUUCAACACGGAACCCACUCCCGCUACCAACAGGUUCAGGUUCCACUUCCCGGGCCCCUGCGGGAGCACGCUGCCGCCGGCGCUGGCCCGGCACCACAGCGAGAUCAUCGCCUGAGGCUGAGGCGGCGGCGGCGGCGUGAGGGGACGGCGGGUGUCCGUGUGUGCCUGAGGCGACGACGGACGUACAAUAAAGGCGGCAGCUGCC